AGUCCUCGAGGGAGUUCUCGACAGCAGGUCGCCCUUCGAGUCAAGGACGAGGUAACCGCACAUCUCAGAGGUUUCGAGGAUCUUUUUAUUCCCCCUCGAUCCACCUUGAGGAAAAGCGAAGACACUCGAGCUUGCAAUAACCGUCCGUUACUCUUUUGUUAUUGUUGUUAUUAAUAUAAUUUUCGAUUCCUGUCAUAAUCCGAAGAAGUUCCCUGUUAUUGGAUUCAUUUCGAGAAGGAAAAGGACCUCUGUUUACUUUUCGCUUCUCCUGCUUCAGGAAGAAAAAAAAAAAAAAACAUUUUCACGGUCGAAUCUUAACGUUUCCUCUCUCUCUCUCAUACAGUGUAAUUAAUAAGGACUUUUGUUUAUUAACGUUGGUUUCUUCUCUUCUGUGAAAGCUGCGGACGAGAAACAAUGUUAUGGGAAUUGUAUUAAUUCGACGAUACAAUUUUCAUUAACAUGGUGAUAGUAUUAUGACGCUUUAUUCACUGUGACAUAUCCCUCACUGCCUCGUAAGAUCUUUGUGACGUGAACGAAUAACAUUUAGUCUGUGAAUUUAUUAUCUUUACUUAUAAUAAAAACACUGAAACAUACUUUUAUAAGGUUCAGUGACCUGUUGGAAUCCGUCCCAUUUAGAAAAAAAACGUAAAAUUUGGGAGAUAUAAAUCGUGGUAACAAUAUUUUUGUACAUAAUCAACACACCAACAAACACUUUGCUUCAAGGAGAAAAUGAACUCUUAUCAAUACCGAAUUUUGAAUGAAGAAUUUGUAUAUACUUUUACGUUUUUCUAUAACGGUAAGAGUAUGAAAAACUGAUCACGAAAAAUAGAAUAAAAACCUUUGGAGUGUCUUGUCGACAUCCUUUCAAUCUCUAGUAAGGCUCAGCGACCGACGCCAUUUCUGGGGAAAGAAGUGAUAGUCCAACGAUCGAUAAGGAAAGGAAAUUAUGAAGUAAAAUAAAGAACACGAUCACAUCUGACAAAACAACAACAACAACUCUCAAAUCCCAUCAAAACUAAUAAUAAGAUAAAGAGAGAGACAGAGAGAAAGAAAGUAACAUAAGUCGUACCAUAACUAAUAAACAGACAAACAGAUAAACAAACAAGCAAGUAAGCAAGCAAACAAACAGAACCCCAGCCGCCAUGGACGCCCUGCUGGACGCCUGGCCGCCCGCCGCCGCCAACCUCACCGCCCCCGCUCUCGACUCCGACAACACCUCCUUCGCCUCCUUCUUCAACCUCACGGACUAUGAUACCUCGGCCUCGGACUUCCUCGAGGCCAACGAGACGUACACGCCGUACCACCAGCGGCCCGAGACGUACCUGGUGCCCGUGCUCUUCGCCAUCAUCUUCGUGACGGGCGUCGUGGGCAACGGGGCACUCAUCUUCAUGUUCCUCAAGCAUCCCAAGUUAAGGAGCACGCCCAACACGCACCUGGUGUCCCUGGCGGCCGGCGAUCUCCUGAUGGUCCUCCUGACGGUGCCCUUCAUCUCGAUCGUGUACACGGUUUCCUCGUACCCGUUCGGCGAGACGGUGUGCCGCGCCUCGGAGUUUGUCAAGGACCUGAGUCUGGGCAUCACCGUGUUCACGCUGACGGCCCUCAGCGCCGACCGCUACAUGGCCAUCGUGCGCCCCGUCAGCCACCACGUGUCCGACACCGCCGACCGCGUCACGGUCAUCGUCGCCGUCGGCAUCUGGGUGUUUUCGGCCGUCCUGGCGCUCCCCGCGGCCCUCUUCUCUCACGUGCCCGACAAGUUCACGCCCACGGGGGAGAAGUACCACAUCUGCACGCCCUUUCCGCCAUACCUGGGCGACCUGUACCCGAAGAUCCACACGCUCGUCAAGUUCAUCGUGUACUACCUGCUCCCGCUGGUGCUCAUCGCCACCUUCUACGUGCUCAUGGCCCGCCACCUGCUGGUGUCGGCGCAGCACCUGCCCGGCGAGGCGGCGGGCCAGCAGCGCCAGGUGCAGGCCCGCAGGAAGGUGGCCAAGAUGGUUCUGGCCUUCGUCACCAUCUUCGCCAUCUGCUUCCUCCCCAUCAACAUCUUUAUCAUGUGGUGGCACUUUGGCGAGAACUCCAGCAUGAACUACAACAUCUACUGGCACUCCUUCCGCAUCGUCGGCUUCUGCCUGGCCUUCAUCAACUCCUGCAUCAACCCCAUCGCCCUGUACUUCGUCAGCGGCACCUUCCGCAAGUACUUCAACCGCCACGUCUUCUGCUGGUGCACCCGGCGGAGGCGCGGACGCAGGAGGGACUGGGACCCCACCGACUCCACGGCCACGCGCCUCUCCACGGCCCCGCGGACCGAGCACGUGCACCUGAGGAUGGUCGGGGGGGCGGACAACGGCACCCACGACGCGCCCCACCGCCUCACCCUCACCAGCACCACCAGUCUCCUCUCCUCGCGGAACUACACCAACCCCGGCUCCGUGGUGUGAGCGCCGGACCCUGAGCUGGGGGCAGCCGAGGGCUCGUUCAAGGCACAGGCGAAAGGCCGCCUAUUGGUCGCCAAUUGAUCCCGUGGAGGAAGCACUGAUGUUGGGUGUCACCUGCUCAAGCUCGGAAAUCUCCAGUGCCACUUUCUGAGCGUGGGUGACCCUCGAAAUAUUAGGCGCUCAGCAGAACAUCUCGCUGACUGUUCAGCAGUCUUAUAAAAUGCCUAUAAAUCGAUGGAACUUUCAGACACAUCUCACAUAUCUCCAGAUGUUAAAAUAUCUCAAGACUAAGUAGAGAUGCUAUCAAUAGGAGUCGAGGUACAGGUCUCCCUCUGAAAUAAUCAUCGCAUUCAAAUGAUUCAUCUAAAGCAGAAGUGUUCCUCGGAUGCGAGAAACAUCCAUCUCUGAGAGCCAAACGAAAGAUGACUCAAUGUCUUCGGAAAUGACGAGAUUUUGUUUCCGAGAAGCUUGAUA